AUGUUGCCUCCUUCCACGCCUAUUGAUUACUUCCUUUACAUCUCCCUCCUCAUCUCUACCACAUUUGCCCAGGGCCGAAUCGCUCAAUUUCUCGUCUUGGACUGCACCGAAAAGAGCGCUGUAAAUCCUACUGUCUCGCUUCCACUCGAUACCUGCCUCGUCACUACCGGUGCUUUCGGAGUCGUCGUCGAGCGCCUUCCCGCAUGCCCUCCCGGCAGUGCCAAUGCCACACUACAGCUGUACCAAGACCAGUCAUGCGCCAUACCUGAGACAUCGAGUGACUUCGACACCAACGGUUGCUUCGAUUACGGGCUUGUGGGUAUCCCUGCUGUCAUGUUCAUAUGCGGCAGUGUCGCAGAUGGGGAUUCGGAUGCUACAUCUACGACUACUUGCGCUGCUGGCGUGGCAAUGCCCGAAGCCGUGGAGUAG